CGAGGGACGUACCAGCUGCGCAGGGGCGCGCCGUCUCUCCUGUUGCCCAGCGCGGGAUGCGCGUGGGCGCGUGUCCUGUGGCGCCACUGCGCUUGCUGUGCUGUGCUGUGCUGUGCUGUGCUGCGCUGUGCUGUGCUGCGCUGUGCGGGGGGUUGUACUGGAGCCAGAGCUUGCUGACCAGAGGCCCCGGUAGGAAAAUUGCUGAGCACGGAGUUCCGGUGAUGCCUGCGCUUUCAGCUUCGUUGGGUGACUGGUGCGCGGUACUCCGCUGUUUGGAGCCUGAGUUGUGGUCGGGAAAAUGGAUUUAAUCUAAAGAGACUGAACAGGACUAUUGGCGAGGACUAGAACGCAGUACAUUUGCAAUGUGCUUUGCACAAGGGAGCCCUGGAGGCUGAGUCUAGCAGGCUGACCUGACCACUGACUGCAGCGUGGAUCCUGGUGGAACUGGCCCACAGUGGAAUGCAGGCACUCCACCUUAAGCACUGCAGCCCCAGCAGCUACAGGGUCAAGGCCAGGGCGUCCUAUGUGGAUGAGACCCUGUUUGGCAGCCCUACAGGAACCCGGCCCACUCCACCAGCCUUUGACCCACCCUGGGUGCAGAACUGUGACAGAUUGGCAGGAGUGGGCCCAGGACCACCAAAGGUCUCUCUGGUUAAGAGAGACUGUGAGUCUACCCCCUCCAGGGGCAGCACCCCAAACCUCACACCAAGGAAGAAAAACAAAUACAGGUUGAUUGGCCACACCCCUUCCUACUGUGAUGAGUCCCUUUUCGGCUCCCGGCCACAGGGCACCAACAAGGAGGGGUCUCGGACAGCCAUAGGGGAUACUGCCAAGCUCCAGACCCUUUUCUGGACACCACCAGCCACCCCUAGGGGCGGCCACUCACCUCGCCCCAGAGAGACCCCACUUCGAGCCAUUCACCCAGAUGGACCCUCCAGGACAGAGCCCAGCGUGGCAAUAGGCUCCCAGAAGACAUCCCAGGAGGGGUUAGAUGCUCCUUCCUCUCUAGGGCGGAGGCCUUCCCAUUCACUCAGCCACCUAAGUGUCGCCAGCAUGGGUCAUCCAGCUUCUAGUGUCCCCCAGACCAAUGGACCUUGGAGUCCCCGGCCUUCCAUGUCAGGGAUGACUGUUCGGAGUCCCUUGGUCACUCCCAGGUCACGGUCAGGCAAAGUUUCAGGGCCAGCUGCCCCUCGACAAGGGGCUGGCCCCCGCAAGCCAAAGCCUCCUUGGAAAUGAGGUUCUCAUCAGGUAAUCCUCUGGCUCAGGUGCAGUACUAUGGGGACCAGUGUCUCCAGUGCCUCCAAGCACUAGAGAAGUCUCCCUGAGGCUCCAUGGUGAGGACAGGCCAUGCUUCCCUUGGUCCCCACAAGCUCAGGACUCCCUAGCCGCCUCUGCAGGGUGUUUGGGGUCCUUUGAGAUAUCUCUCUGGCCAUGGUGCAGCCUCUUUCUGCAUUGGUGCCAAACCCCACCCAGCUCCCUGCUCAGGAUUCAGUUUCUACAGGGGUCUGGGUGCCUUGAGAGAGUUUCCUGGGCUGUAUGUGAACCCCGAGGGUGGAACAUGAGGGAGACAUUUUAAUAUCCGUGUAUUUAUUCAUUCCAUGUACUAAAUAUAUUCAGCUCAUCAAA